UUGCCUCAGUCCUGCCUUGGCUGUCGUUGGAGUAACUCACAACUUUGUUUUCUCCCGCUCUCGCUCUUGUUUCAAAUCCAAGUGUUUCAGAGAUGUGAUGUUUCGAGCCAUGUCCAUGCAAACUUACAGGAUGUUCCUCUUUUUCUAUUAGCGUGUGUACUUGAGCAAACUUUUUGGAUAUCAAGCAGAACUUUUUCAGUGUUUGUUUUUUCAUUCUAUUGUGGAUCUGUGUGCAGAUAUCAUUAAUUAUUUUGUCAGAUUUAACUUUUGCAUUGAAGUAGCGAACAGAAGUGGAAGGCCUCCGAUUUCUGCCUUUUCUCCAUAUUUGAGAGUCCAGCAAAAGCUUCAUCAUGAUUGUGAUUGCGUCUGCUGUGGGCACUGCCCUGUGUGCAGUCUAUUACCUCAAAGAACAUUACGACUAUAAAGUGCGUAAACUACCGCCCGGACCGACGUCGAUACCUUUCAUCGGUGAUGUCCUGAGCAUUAAUCCAAAGUCACCACAUCUCUCCCUUAUUGAGCUGGCAAAGACCUACGGGGAUAUCUUCAGCAUCAAGCUAGGUUCCGAGCGUGUCGUGGUCCUCAAUAACGCAGAACUGAUAAAGUCAGCAUACAGAGGCGUUGAUAUCUCGCACAGACCGGAUCUCUUUUGCAUGGACGUGUUGGCCGGCGGGAAGGGAUUCCUCACGUGUAAGGACGAAAUCCAAAGACAGAUGCACAUGAAGAUAUGCCGCCAGGCCAUGCGCGUUGUCAACAACGCGGACAUGGGAGAAAAGAUUCUCCAGGAAGCAAACAAUCUCGUGAACCAUUUCGAGGCCCAGAAUGAGAAGCCCUUCGAUCCCCAGUGCGAUCUCCACAUAGCCUCACUCAAUAUUCUCUGUAACUUUGUCUUUGGUGAGCGCUACGAGCACGACCAUCCCGAAAUGAGGGAGAUUCUGGACUUUUCAGCGGAGAUCUCAAAGCUGCUUUCGCCGAUGCAUCCUGUGAACGCUAUGCCGUGGUUGAGGCACUUUCCAAACAAAUGGUUCGCGAGCCUCUUCAAGGCCAAGAACCAAAGGGACAGAAUUCUCAUGAAGAAGUACGUGGAGCAUGUGGUGACAUACAAAGCAGGAAGGGUUAGGGACAUGCUGGAUGGACUUCUCGCCGAGACGACAGAAGCCGUCGCAGAAAAUAACAAGCAGGCUGUUGCUCUUCUCACACCUGAGCACAUUAUCAUCAACAUGUGGCUUAUCUUCUUUGCUGGAUCCGACACAGUAACAAAUACACUUCAAUGGAGCCUUCUCUACAUGGCCGUGUUCCCCAAGAAACAAGCCAAGGCCCAGGAAGAACUAGAGAGAAUCAUCGGACAAUCAAAACGUCUCUCACUUGAACACAAAUCUCAGCUUCCAUACCUCCAGGCAGUCAUUAAUGAAGUGUUGAGGUACAGUUCUCUCACCAUUCUGGGUGUGCCACACGCAGCAGCAAGAGACACAGAGAUCAAUGGAUAUUUCAUCCCAAAAGGAACAUCUGUAAUGGCAAACUUCUGGUCAGUACACCACAACGAGGACGCUUGGGACCAACCUGAAGAGUUCCUCCCAGAGCGCUUCCUCAACGACCAGGGCAACCUGAAGGAACCUUCCCAGCUGCCGCACUUCAUGCCCUUCUCGGUGGGUAAGAGGCGCUGCUUAGGGGCAAAUGUGGCCAAGGCUGAACUCUUCCUCAUGCUGGGUCGGCUCCUCCAGGAGUUCUCCUUCGAGAUGCCCCAGGACGUCGAGGCCGAUCUCCAGGGAGAGGCUGCCGUCUCCCUGAUCCCUAAACCCUACAAGAUUGUGGCCAAGAAGCGCCACAUCAUCCAGCCCGAGACCAUAUGAAAGAACAACUCUGCAGCUGCUAGAAAGGCCACAUCCUCCAACCUGAGACCAUAUGAAAGAACAACUCUACAGCUGCCAGAAAGGCCACAUCCUCCAACCUGAGACCAUAUGAAAGAACAACUCUGCAGCUGCCAGAAAGGCCACAUCCUCCAACCUGAGACCAUAUGAAAGAACAACUCUGCAGCUGCCAGAAAGGCCACAUCCUCCAACCUGAGACCAUAUGAAAGAACAACUCUGCAGCUGCCUGAAAGGGCUUAACUUGCAGCCUGAGAUCACCUUAAAACAGCCUGGUGGAUUGCAAAGUUAGGACUGGGUCUGCUAAAAAAAACUCUGGGGACAAAUAACCUUACAACCAGGAUCGGGACUCAAGACACAAUGGAAAGAUAUCCAAGAACUGUUCAAGAACGUUUUCAGUUCUGAAGGUAGAUGACUUGGAACUGAUUAAACAGUGACUUUGAUUUUUUAAACCCUCAGACCGCUUAAAUAUUGAAAAAGCAGGGAAAGAAUUUUCUUAAGAUGAUGUGUCACAAGUUGCAAAAAUGAAUUGCAUCUUGGUAACGGCCUCUCAAUAAUACCACAAUUAACAAGAGAGAAAAUUACAAAUUAAAGCACAAAUAUUCUAUGCAUUCACAGAUCUACACCUUGUUAUUACAGCAGACAUACUGAAAUAUAAGCAAUGAACAGAUGUAUGAAAUUAGGGCAAAAGCAUAUUUUGAACUUUUACAAUAUGAAUUCAAUAA